UUCACUUUAGAAAUUCUUCAGUCAGGAAUUACGGUAACAGCGUGCAUAUGAUGGCUGCAAUUGUAUCUAGAAAUGUUUACGCAACGCUUUACUUAAAUCAACUGGAUCGCUGCUGCCGAUCGAGAUUUUAGGCGCUCUAAUUGAUGUAGAAUAGAGGGUUUUUGAGCAAGCCUCUGAAUUGUAUGCUCGCUUUGUUUGACGAAUUCGUGGGAAGGUCUUCUGAUUAAGAUCGUACCGGCUUGAGAGCUGAAGUAAGAAGCAUGUGGGUUGAAAAGAAUGCAGAUGGAGCACGGGUUUAGAAAUCUCUGGAUACUGGUCCCUCGAAGUAUGUACAACAGCAGGAGGAGCUCAUUGAUGUUUGUUACACAGCAAGGGGAACGGGCAUUGCUUUGCAUAAGCUGAUCUCAGCGCACCCUCUUUUUAAGUUUGGAUCGAUGUGUUUCCUUCGAUUGCUCAGGUACAUACGUCGUUGGUGGGUAUAACUGAUACAUCUGAUUUUUCCUGUCAGAAAUUGGUGAUGUAUUGGCCUAUUUGAACAAAGAAGUGCUUCCUCUCUGAGAAGGACAUGAACUGUUAGGGGGUUAGGGGAGUUAGAGGAAUUCAUUUGUAAGCGAGCCAUGGCUGUUGGCGCCUUCCUCCGUUCCUCUUUCUCGCUUGCGAGUCGCUUCUUCGCUACCUCUGCCAAGCGUGCACCAUUGCAGGAGCGCAAAUUAGUGGAUCGCUUUCGCCUGAGCGUUCGGGGUGGCCCUGGAGGCUCUGGCUGCACCAGCUUCCGCAAGAGUCGCCAUUCACGCCAUGGCACUGCAGAUGGAGGCAAUGGAGGUCGGGGGGGAGAUGUUAUUUUAGUCAGUUCUGCCGCCGAAUGGGACUUCAGCAACUUGCAGCACCACCUCAAUGGCAAGAAAGGUGGCCCAGGUUCGUCGAAGCGUCGAGUUGGCAGCAGAGGCGUUGACAAGAUAGUGCGAGUCCCUGUGGGUACAGUUGUGCACUUAGUGUCUGGAUCGGUUCCCUCGCUAGAGUUGCCUGCAGUUACUCCCGACCGAACGAUGUGGGAACGCUCGAUGGUCCUUGGGCAUACAGAUAGUGGCGGCGCGACGGCCGGAGACGAAUCACCAGAGAUGUCAGCGGCAUGGUUAGACAAUUUGUACCUUGACGAUGCCAAAGCAAGAUUUCUGGCAAAGAAUAGUCAAAUAAUGACUGACACGACGGUUGGUACUCAGCAACAAGCUGAGUGUGGAGAUCAUUCUGAUUGGACUGGAACUGCUGCCCCUGUUACCACCGGAGCACAGGAGGUCCCAAUUGCAGAAGUACCCCAGAGUUCAGGUGAUGGCGAGCACUUGGUCAUAGACGAUAGCGAAGUUAGCGCGGAAGAUGCUUCAGGUAAUACGCGCGAUGAAGUUGAAGAUGAGGAUGAUGAUGAUGAGGACGAAGGCGAGGACGAAGAUGACCUCGACGAAGAAGCUGAUGAACUUAGUGAAGAGAUUCCUAGAAGGAAAUCUACAAUUACCAAGUAUGCAAUCGCUGAGUUUGUGAAACCAGGACAGAGUAUAAUCGUAGGAGCUGGAGGUGAAGGCGGCCGAGGCAAUGCAGCUGCUGCAAGAGGUGUUGGUAAAUCGAAAUUACUUCCCAGCCAUGAACACGAGGACGGAUCACCCGGCUCGGAAGCAAUCUUAGUGCUUGAAUUAAAGACCAUAGCUGAUGUUGGGCUAGUAGGUGCUCCAAAUGCUGGAAAGAGUACAUUAUUGGGAGCUAUUUCGCGAGCGAAACCUACAGUUGGGCACUAUGCUUUUACAACUCUAAGACCAAAUAUUGGGAAGUUGGAGUAUGAAGAUCAUUUUUCACUUACGGUGGCAGAUAUUCCUGGACUGAUAAAGGGGGCACAUGAAAACCGUGGGUUAGGUCAUGCAUUUUUGCGUCAUAUUGAGCGAACGAAAGCACUAGCAUACGUUUUGGAUCUAUCAGCUGAUAUAGAAGAUAAUAAAGGUCCUCUACCAUGGGACCAAUUCGAGGAGCUCAAGUUCGAACUGGAUAAGUAUAAAGAUGGUCUCUCCGCGCGGCCAGCCCUUAUUGUGGCUACUAAAAUCGAUGAGCCAGGGACUGAACUGGCACUGGAGGAGCUUCGAAGGAGAGUACCUGAAGAGGUGCCUAUUUUUCCAGUUUGUGCAGUCUUGGAGGAAGGAAUCGACGAGCUUAGAGUAGGAUUGAGAAUGUUGGUUGAUGAGAAAGGAGCUCCUAGAAGCAGAAACUUAGUUCGGAUUAGACCCCAACCGGUGGUAACCUAGAGUCAGACGCUCAUGUGAACGAGGAAUAUCUUUAAUGAGAUGUAAGUGAAGGUCAAGCUUUUUUAUUUGCUUGCUCAUGCUUGGUAA